AUUUUUCUUCGAUAUCAAAUGCAACGGAUUUUCAAUUAAACCAUCCGGCCACAUCUUCCAGAAUUCAGACAUUGGAAUGGAAACCGUUGCUUCCGGAAUCAUGGUUUAAGGAAAACUCAUUUUCAGAGGCAUUGUCACGUGAAGAGGUUUUUGUAAAAGAACGAAGAAGGUUAGCUUUACAGGGGAUAACAAGCUUUCAAUUUGAUCCCUUGGGCAGUCAAAUAUUAUUUAAUUAUGGUAGUGGGAUCUACUUGGGAUACGUCAAUAAGAAUGGUGAAUUUUGUCCGCGUCCAAUUACACCCAACAUUUCGGCGUCAGCAAUAUAUCCUGUGGGAAUGACAAAUUUUCCCAUCGCACAUUCACCACAGCACGGUGGAAUAUCGCCAAUUUCUUCACCUUCUACCACCGACUCGUCUUCUACAUCCGUGUACUGCUUCUCACCGAGUAACUCUUCACUACCAAGGUUAGACCCUAAAUUGGGCGGUUGCAAUCGAGACCUUAUUGCUUUCAUUCGGGACCACGACAUAUGGGUCACAACUCCAAACGGUUGUGAGACUCAAUUAACCUUUCACAAUGAGCUUGACCCUAAUGGUACGGCUGCACUAAGUUGUGGUGUCGCAGAAUUUGUGAUGCAGGAAGAGUUCUACCGCUACACGGGUUAUUAUUGGGGUCCGCCUUCUAUUAAAACUUACAUGAAUGAUCGUGAAAAAAUAUUAUAUUUACAAGUAUCAGAGGCCAUGGUGGACUUGGUGUCAAUACCAAAACCGGGAUCUCAAGGAGAAGUUGAAGAAUACCGAUAUCCAAAGGCUGGUACACUAAAUGCCGUUAGUGAUCUGCAGAUUGUCGAAUUUACUCCGCGUUACAGUGAGGAGGAAGUGACAUAUGGUCCCGUUCACAAACGACUUUGGGGUCCCGCUGCAUUGGACAAGUUAUUUCCAUGGGUUGAAUAUAUC